GUCACUCGAUUACGGUGAGGAAUGUCCGCCGGUCGAGUCGUCCGAAAAUCCAUUAACGAGCCUUGAAGGAAUUGACGAACUGGAAAAGUCAAAAUCAGAAGAAGAAAGGUCAAACUCCGACCAAUCAGAAAGGUCACCAACGAGAAUUCGAGUAGCAAGGAGUCACCCGAGAGUCGCCGCACGAAAUGGCCGAAAAGCAAAGAAGGUAAGCUCAGUUAAUGGACAGAUUGGAACGACAGAAUUCAGAUAAUUCCGAUUCGGAAAGUAUUGGAAACCCACUAAAGACAUCGACACCAAUAAGAAUGGAAGGGGAAUACGGUUACGACACCUCAUACGGUGAAGGAUCGACGUCGUCAGUGGGAACGGCUCAGAAUGAACCCGGAACAGUUCAAGGAGGUUACUACGGCGGCCAGGGGUAUUACGUGUAUCACGAUCCAGGACAGCAGACGAAUUACCAGGACACGGUUAACUGGGUGCACCACGGCUCACCAGCCGGAACCCAGUAUUCGGGACAAGCAACGGGCGCCCCCUAUCAACCGUAUCCGGGAUCGUAUACCCCACCGGCGGGACCAUCGCAGGUGAUAAUGGGACCGGCAAGAAUGUUGAUGCCGCCACCACAACAGACUACACCGAGUCGAUUAACGGGACACGGAGGAUUCAGCGGAAUGCUAGCGACUCCAGUACAGUCACAAAGGUCAUCUCCGAUAUUACCGCCUUUCCCGGAGAAGGGAGGCUUGUCAUUGUCGGACAUAGGAACGCCUCGCAUGAGAACACCGCAGCAACUGGGAGCGCAGCGCCCUCAUCGUAAUUCGCCACACAGAGGAGGAAGGCGACCGAGAGGCAUUUUACCAUCACUGGGUCCCAACCUGGAUCAGACUGGACCAGAUGGACUACGACUUACGCCCUCAGGCAAACCCUCAGUACACGAAUACGCACCGAAGCUUCCCUUGGAUUUGAGAGACGAUGACCCGAACCUGAAUUUAAUUGUGGAUACAAAGGAUAAACUUACAAAAACCGACUUAGAAGCCAUUCGCGACUUCAAUAGGAAAUGCCGUAACCUUUACAAAAUCCACAUGAGAGUUGAAGAUGAACACGCAUGGUAUGGAAAGUUAAUCAGUCUGGAAGCUGUCAUCAAACCAUGUCACAUUGCCAUGAAAGAUAAAACCAAACAGGUUGAAGCAAAGCGUAAAGAAUACGCAAUACAAGUUGCAUCGAUGUGGCAAUAUCAUCCGACGAUAAAAGGUAGAGUCUAG